GGACACGGCGAGGAAUCCGGCGGUCUUCGCCGGGGUAUACACUUCCUAUGUGGGCCGUCGAGCUUCUGCAGUCUUGCUGUAUGGCUUCUGGUUGCUGCAGGAUCAGUAGUAGACUUUGAUCCUUCUGUUAGCCUCGCUCAACAUUGUGUACGAGCCCGACUCUGGUUCUUCGGCUAACUCCGAGCCGCGUGAAGAAUCUAUAGAUAAAGGGUUGUCCGCUCCGUCAUCUCCGGUCCUCUCUCGUCAGCAUACCGAUCCAACCCACAAUCCCUCACAAUGAAGUUCACUCUUGCCUCUACCCUGGCCCUGGCCACUGCUGCCCUGGCAAUCUCCACCGCCGAAGCCGGAGCUAGCCUCGAGAAGCGCAAUCCCAGUGGCGCCUUUAGCCUGUACGCCUGGGGUGUGACCAGCAAAGCCAUCAAGCUCUUCUACUCCGAUGGUCUCGCCUACGCCGGCGACUCAACCGCCUGGCCCUACGGCUCCGUGACCACGGACGUCACCUUCGAAAUCACCGACACCGAACUGACCACCACGGCCACGACCGAUGGUGUGACCCUGGACGCCGACACCCUGUUCUACAUCCGCCCGACCGCCAACGAGAUCACGGAAGUGGGCUUCACCAGCAACGGGCGCGACACGCCCUCCGACGCCGCGACCGACAACUUUAUCUUCUACGGCUCUUGGCUGAUGUGGGAGGAGACCUCCGGCGAGCUGACCGAUAGCUUCCGGCUCAAGGAGACCAACGUCUCGGGCGUCUAUCAGUUCUACUAUGAUUACUCGAAUUUGUACCCUAGUGGGUACUUGACGCCUAGUGUUAUGGAUAAGGCGCCUUCUAGCUAGGUUCUAUAGGUGGUUAGGCGGGUGUCGUUGAAUUUUGGUGGAGGACGACGUGGUUGAUAUGGAUUUUUGUGGUGGGUUCACCGCGAGGUCGGUGACUGUAUGAGAUUGAUUGGUUUUGAGAUGGUAUGAAUGUUAUUCGAUGGUUAAUUCCUAU